AUCAGGUGUCAAUGUUAAAUAUGCAUCACCUCAGGGAAUUCAGAAGACCAAUACACGACUUCAAUCCUGCAUCACUGUCUGGAUUGGUUUGACCUUCUUCAUGAGGGACAGGGCAAGAAAUUUGGGCGAUCCUUCAGGCUCAGAGUUCAAUUAUGGAGUUCCGCUUCGGAAAUGUGAUUUUCAGCUCCAAGUUCGAUUCCGGUAAUUUGGGACGGGUUGAGAAAGUGGACCGCUCUGAGCCGGAGGGGGAAUCUCAAUUAACGGGGACCGGGAUAGCCGUACCCGGGGUCCUGGCUGGGGGUGCUCCCAACCCGGACUAUGAGUUCAACGUUUGGACUAAACCCGAUUGCGCCGACACCGAGUUCGAAAAUGGGAACAGGUCCUGGUUCUAUUUUAGUGUCCGUGGCGCAGUCCCGGGAAAGGUUAUUAAAAUCAAUGUGAUGAACAUGAACAAGCAGAGCAAGCUGUACUCGCAAGGCAUGGCGCCGUUCGUGAAGACGUUGCCCAUGAAGACGCGCUGGGAGCGGUUGCGCGACAGACCGACAUUUGAGAUGGUGGAGAACCAGUUCAUUCUGUCUUUCCAUCACCGAUUGCUGGAGGCACGAGGGACCACAACGUACUUCGCCUUCUGCUACCCGUUCUCCUACGCCGAAAGCCAGGACAUGCUACAGCAGCUGGAUCAGAAAUUUGUCAACACUAUGCACCUCAGUCCGAACAGUCCCUUAGACUCCGUGUACUACCACCGGGAGGCGCUGUGCCUGUCGCUGGACGGCCGCCGCGUCGACCUCAUCACCGUCACCUCCUGCCAUGGGAUGCUGGAGGAGAGGGAGCCGCGGCUCGAUAGGCUGUUCCCUGAAAGCCACACCCCCCGGCCUCACCGAUUCGCCGGGAAGCGGGUGUUUUUCCUGAGCAGCCGGGUGCACCCGGGCGAGACCCCCUCCAGCUUCGUCUUCAACGGCUUCCUGAACUUCAUCCUGAAGCAGGACGACCCCCGCGCCCAGAUGCUACGCAGGAUGUUCGUCUUCAAGCUCAUCCCCAUGCUGAACCCCGACGGGGUCGUCCGGGGUCACUACAGAACGGACUCCAGAGGGGUCAACCUCAACCGGCAGUACCUGAACCCCAGCUGGGAGCUCCACCCCUCCAUCUACGGUGCCAAAGCUGUGAUCCUGUACCACCACCUGCACAACCGCGUGGGGCCCGACGCGCCCGACUGGCGGACCUUCGCCUCGUCCCCGUCCGCCAACCCGCUGAGCACGCGAUCUUCCAACCAUUCCAACGCGGGCGGGCGGAGCCCGCCCCAGGCCCCGCCCCAGGCCCCGCCCCCGCCCGCCGCGCCCCGCCCCUCCGCCGCCGAGCGCAGCCGCAACCUGCGCAACGGCGAGGAGCUCGGCGAGGGCGACCUCGUCCCGCUCCUCGGCUGCCCCGGCGCCCCCGAGAUCGCCAUGGUGACGGAGGAGAACGGGGGCCGGCCCUGGAGCGUGGAGGCGGGGCCCCAGAAGGGGGUGGAGCCGGACUGCGACGGGGAGGGCGAGGGCGAGGGGGAGGGACCCUGCGACCAUAACGAGGCGCCGCACGCCUUCAAGGCGGCCACGCCCCCUGAGGCCCCGCCCAACCCCGCCGCCGCCGCCCCCGCCGAGGACGUCCCCCCGCAGGAGAGCGGCGUGGCGUUCUACGUGGACCUCCACGGCCACGCCUCCAAGCGCGGCUGCUUCAUGUACGGGAACAACCUGUCGGAGGAGAACGAGCAGGUGGAGAACCUGCUGUACCCGAAGCUGAUCUCCCUCAACUCGGCGCACUUCGACUUCAUGGGCUGCAACUUCUCCGAGAAGAACAUGUACGCCAAAGACAAACGGGACGGCCAGUCCAAGGAGGGCAGCGGCCGCGUCGCCAUCCACAAAGCCAUCGGGCUCAUCCACAGCUACACGCUGGAGUGCAACUACAACACGGGACGCUGUGUGAACACCAUCCCCCCCGCCUGCCAUGACAACGGCAGGGCCACCCCGCCCCCUCCCCCGGCCUUCCCCCCCAAGUACACGCCUGAGAUCUACGAGCAGGUGGGCAGGGCGGUUGCCGUGGCAGCGCUGGACCUGGCGGAGAGCAACCCGUGGCCCCGCCUCGUCCUGUCGGAGCACAGCUGCCUGGCGAACGUGCGCGCCUCGAUGCUCAGGCACGUGCGCAACAGCCGCGGCUCCAACGGCGGCAGCAAGAAGAGCAGCGCCAGGGCCCCGCCCAAAGGGCUCGGCACGGGCCUGACCACCUCGGCUUCGGAGAACGCCCUGAGCCGCAUCCGUGGCAACGGCACCGGCACCGUCGGCAACGGCGGGCAGCAGGUCUCCCCCCCCCAGCUGAAGAGCUCCCCCAGCUUCACCUUCGGCUGCAGCCAGCCCCCCCGCGCCUCCGGACCGCCCCCCAGAGCCCUGGGUCCCGUACGAGGUUACAGCUGCCAAAAUUCUCACAAUGGCUUGCAAAACAAGGACUUUCCUGUACGGAAUGGGAGACCUGGGAAAUGUAGUUCCAAGCUUCCUGAGUUCCCGAGUCCUCUGCAGAAUUCUGUGAAAGAAGGAACCUUCAGUUUUCUGACGUCCGUGGAAUAUUCCAGGUCUGAGCUGCAGCGGCGGCCGAGCCGGAUCCCGGUGAGCAAGGCGGGGCCGGCGGCCGCGGAGAAGAGGCUGGCGCGCUCGGUCAGCCUGGCGGAGGGCGCCUCCAUGAGGGUGUGGAAGCUCAUCAAGCCGGGCAUCGGGCGGAAGCUCUCGCUGGCCGGCGCUCCAAAGAAGGAAGACUCUGCCCUGCAGCCUACCUCCAGGUCACUACUGAAGAAAACGGGCAGGAGCUUGCUCUACCUGGUCAGCACUGACACAGAGGCCAAGAAUGCCCCCCAACAGGAGAGCCCCCUGGUGGCCAACCCCUUGGUGUCUGAGCCUAUACCCGUGUGCGGAAAGGUACCACUCUGUGGUGAGGCGUGACGGGACCGAAAAUCACGCCAGGCCCCCGCCCCCCCCCCCCCGCCACCCGUCAGUCUCUAACACGGGUGUGUCAGAAUCCAGAAUCCUGCCGGUUCUCAGCGCACUUCUGCGCCAGGGAUUCGCUGAAGUCGUUGGAUCCGCACACCUCGUUGUCGAGGCCUGGAAUCAGGGCUGCCUGUUCCUGGAGAUCUACCAUCCUGUCGGUUUUCACUUCAACCCUGAUGUAACACACCUCAUUCAUCAGCGAGAGAUCUCGCUGAGCUGCCAAGUGGUAGAAUCGGACGUGCCAAAUUAUGGUCGGAAUGAAAACCUGCAGGAAGGUAGAUCUCCAGGAACAGGGUUGGGCAGCCCUGCCUUAAAUGGCCAGUGUUUGAAAGGAAGGAACAAAUACCUGCAACCCUCUGGCAGUGUAACCCCUGGGGCCUCUUUCACAAAGCAGGAUUAGUGAGUUAGCCGGAUAACUGCGCUGAGUAAAACCCAGAACAGCUGUUUUCACUUGAGUCCAUGUUCCAGAUUUGAGAUGGUUCCAGGUUUUACUCUGUGCAGUUAUCCUGCUUUGUGAUACAGGCUCCAGGUCCAAGGCAACACACUGUCCAAGAGACUGCAUCCGUUACUGUGGAGACAAGUCCCGUCCAGGUAAUUUGGGUGGCGAAUGAUACAAAUGAUUUGCACAAGAUUUUUUUUUACAGUUAUAUCUGCACCUUUUUAUCUCCCUGUCAAAAUGGGCUCCAUUUGCUAUUAAUUUUACAAAUUUUAAAAGGCACUGCCGUUUGGGCAGUGAUCUGGUGCAGCUCUGGACCAAAUCUGGCCUUUAUGUAUGUAGCAUUUUGGCAACAUUCCAACAAAAUGUUAUUUUUAACACUGUGUCUCAUUUUGAUUUUUGUGUUGUGUCACCUUUAUAUUGCAAAUACGGAAUUGCUGCAGAAUUGAAUUUUUUGCUCUGUGUGUUUAUAUAGUCUCCUGGUACAGUAGACUUGUAAAAAUGCACCAAACCAGGGACUGUUUCAAGGCUUUUCCCAAAUGAACAUAGUUACCAUUUUAAAGCCCUGAAGUGAAGAAGCUGUGAACCUUUUAAGUGAGACUCUAAACCAUUUAAAUGUGAAUGUGAAUGUGUUCUGUAUUUACAUUUUUUUUAAAGGCCAGAUGGUUGUUGGUAACUGCAGCGUUGAAAACAUGGUUUUAUGAAAAACAGGACCAAUUCAAUGUGAAAAUUUGCACUCUCUCGAAAAAGCUACAAUGCACAUUGUAACCUGUCAUAUCAGAACAGGGCCAUUGAGAAAUUAUGUUUAUGUAUUUUUAAAAAUCAAUAAACAAAUACAAAUGUG